CCAACAACCCGACCUGACCGGCAUCCCGCGCCCCAUCACUCUCAUGCCCACAGCACUGUAUCGCGACGUCGCCGCCACCACACAGCGCAACGAACGGGGAUUGGACGGGCACCCGCACCAGCACCGCUCGGCUCCUAACCCAAGAAAACCCCUAAACACCCGCGCAGAUCCCCACGAGAAGAGGUGUACGUAGCACGCAGCGCUCAAUCCGUUCCGCGGCCAUGGUCUCGUCUCCCUCCCCUUCCCCUCCCUUCCCCACCGUUACCCCCGAUCCGAAGCAGCGGGCCGGCGGCGCGGCGACGGCGUCGGAGAAGGUGGACAAGUACGCGCACGUCGCGACGCCGCUCCACAACGGCAACGGCGCCAAUAAGAAGACGCCGCGCGGGGCCAAGGGCGACGGCGCCGACCCAGCGGGGUACGUCGCGGCGGUGUCCUGCUCCGACUGCCGCUUCAAGCAGCGCGCCCUCGCGCCGGCGUCCCCCGGCGCCGUCAUCCGCUCGCUGUUCGUCUCCCUCACCCGCCGCUCCACCCCGCGCUCUUCGCCGUCGCCGACGUCGGCCUCGGGCGGCGGUGGGGACGCCGGGGACGGCGAGCAGUGGCGCCUGGCCGCGGACGACCUCUCCCGCCGGCUCGCCGCGGCCACGCGCACGCGGGACGAGGCGCUGGAGGAGACCACGCGCCUGAAGCACUCCAUUGCCGAACUGGAGCUCAAGCUCACGCGCCUCGAGGCGCGCGUGCUCCCCACCCCCGCGGCCGCCGCCUUCCCCGUCGAGUCGUUCCUCCGCUCCGUUUCCACUGCGCGCGCCGCCGUGCGGAACCUCGCGCGCGCGCUCUCCACCCACCUUCGCAGCCCCACGAGACCCGGCCCGAACCUCGAGAGCUUCCUGAACCGUGCGUUCCACGCCGACUUCGAGCUCGACACCGACGCCGACGUCCACACCCCGGACCCGGCGGGCCGGUGCGAGGCCAACCUCGCGGCGUACCACGCCGUGGCGGCGCUGACGUGGGAGGAGGUCCUGCUCCACGGCACCAAGCACUACAACGAGGGUCUGAGCCGGUUCUGCGACGCCAAGAUGAGCGAGGUGGUGUCCUCGCUCGGGGACGCGCGCGCGCGCGCGUGGCCGGAGCCGCUGCUGCAGGCGUUCUUCCUCGCCGCCAAGGGCGUGUGGGGGGUGCGCCUCUUGGCACGGUCCGUCCACCCUCCGCUCCCCGUUGUGCGCGCGGACCGCGGCGCGCGCUUCGACCCGCGGUUCAUGGAGGACGCCGCGGCCGGACGGGCGGCGAGGCUGGAGCCGGCCAGCGUGAAGAUGAUGGUGGCGCCGGGGUUCCACGUGUACCUGGCCGGCGCGGGCGUGGUGAAGUGCAAGGUGGUGUGCUUCUACAGCAGCCGCACUGGCGGCCACAGAGAUGGCGGGAGCAGCGCCAACGGGGACGUGGGGUUGGGGAGCAGCUGUAGUGACAUGAAUGGGAGUGCUACAGACGUGGAGAGCUGCAGGAGCAGUAGAAGGGAAGUCAAAUAGAUCGUGUGACUGUUAAUUUUGCAAGAAGUGGCGGUCCUGGUGGUCAGAAUGUUAAUAAAGUUAAUACAAAGGUUGAUAUGCGAUUCAAUGUUAAAGAAGCUCACUGGCUUGGAGAGAGAAUCAAGGAACGAAUAUUACAAA